UUAUUUUGUAUAUUCACAUCAGGUAAACCGUCAGACAAAACCAUGUUGAGGGCUGUAAUUUUGACGAUCUGCAUCGCUUUGGCGUUUGCUGGUUACGACAAAAAGUACAGCUAUUAUAACAGAGGAUAUUACUCGGGAGUAGGCCGCAAUUAUUACUCAGGAGUAGGCGGCGGAUAUUACCCUGGAGGAGGAGUAGGCGGUGGAUAUUACCGCGGAGUAGGCGGCGGAUAUUACCCCGGAGGAGGAGUAGGCGGUGGAUAUUACCGCGGAGUAGGCGGCGGAUAUUACCCAGGAGUAGGCGGCGGAUAUUACCCCGGAGGAGGAGUAGGCGGUGGAUAUUACCGCGGAGUAGGCGGCGGAUAUUACCCAGGAGUAGGCGGCGGAUAUUACCCUGGAGGAGUAGGCGGCGGAUAUUACCCUGGAGGAGGAGUAGGCGGCGGAUAUUACCCCGGAGGAGGAGUAGUCGGCGGAUAUUACCCUGGAGGAGGAGUAGGCGGCGGAUAUUACCCUGGAGGAGGAGUAGGCGGCGGAUAUUACCCCGGAGGAGGAGUAGGCGGCGGAUAUUACGGCGGAGUAGGAAGUUAUAAACGAAAGAGCGUAUACUAAGACCUCCCAGUAGGAACAAUCAGACAGACCGAGGACAGGACCGCUUAAUAAAUAACAUCAUUUUGAUUUAUUGUUAAAUAAUUAAAUAAAUAUUGCAGCAUC